AUGUCGAUGAUGUUGGCGAAACGGAUGGGUUUGCCUGGUGCAAGGUUACAACAAAAUUUCAAGAAAAUAAUUAUAAGACAAAUAUCUUCGAAUAAUUCAAAAUUGAAUCAGACUAGCUCUGAACUAUCUAUUCUGAAGAACCCUGAUUCUUUGCUGAUGAAUGAUUUGGGUUUUAUGAAAUCGUCAAAGAUAAGUAUGUCUCCAGGUUUUUCUCCAUUUGAUAGAACAUCAGUCUUAUCAUCCAACGGUGCUAAUCAAUCUAGAGAUGUCAUGCAACUUUGGUCAUUGUUAGAGGCAUGUCUAUUUUCAAAUUAUAUGGACCGUGCCUUUUCUAUAUUGAAAUCGUUAUAUAUGGUUAAAAGUCAUAGACCAUAUUUUAUUGAUGAUUAUAAUUUGUAUUUAAGAAAAUUUUCAGAAUCUUGUAAUUCUGUCAACGAAUUAGGUAGGAAAUUAACUAAAGAUUUUGAAGUCCACUUCCCAGAAUCAGAUUACAAUGAUAAAACUUUGGCUAUUAUGGUCCAUCAUGCUUUGAAAUUCGUCGAUAAGAGUAACGAUCCAAAGUUAGCUAAAAUUAUUGAUACUUAUUUUAAUAUGGGCUAUAAUAGUGUGAAAAGUAUAACAUCUCAUGUCGAUAUAUUAUCUGUAGCCGACUUGGAAUUACUUCAUAACAAAUUAAAAUUAAUCAAAUAUUAUGAUAUUCCCCGCUCUUUAAGGCCAUUGAUACAAAUCGAAAGUUAA